AUGCAAUUAACAUAUACUUUUCUAUAUACUGUAUGUUUUAAUGUUCGCAGUUUAGAUUUAAGAUGGGGUGAAGUUUAUUUACUGUUUUCAUCAUACAAUGUUGAUAUUAUGGUGCUAUUGGAAGUAAGCAAAUUCGAUCAAGUUACCAUAGUCACUGCCUUUCCGAACCACCUCUUAUUCUACCAAGAAGGUGAAAAUGCCCAUAGGGGCGUGCUUAAUUUAGUUCAACAAACUGUUCCUGUUACUCGUGUUCCUUGUCAUCUUGCCAGUGUAUGUGUGGUUGAUUUACACCUCGAUGAAACUUUACGUUUGAUCGGAAUGCAUGCCCCGGAUAGAAAAUCGUGGUCAUGCAAUGAUUUAUCAUCUUUCUUCUUAACCAACUCAAUCAUUUGUGGCGAUUUUAAUGUCGAUCUUACAGAAGAUGAUACAAGAACAUCACUUAGAUCAGAUAGGACUAUUGAUUAUGCUUUUGCAAAAGGUACACAAGUUACUGUACAAGUUCAUGAAGGUGCUACCACUAGUGAUCAUAAACGUAUCAUUCUUGUUUCUGCUGUUGAAGACAACCGAAAAAAUAUGGCUAGUCAAACAUCAUGGCCUGUUUUCUCUUCAUUUUUAUCAUACGUAUUUCCAUUCUGGGAAAAACAAUGGUCUGCAUUCAAGAUGAAUGAAAUCUACAAUAAUUUCACACGAUUUCUUUCUUUACUUGCUGCUCGAUGUACAAGAACAUUUCCUUUAAAAUUAGCAAGACCAGCAAUUCCACCCGAAUUAAGAAGCAAACUAUCAUAUAGUCGUGCAUUAUCUUUUAAAGCUAAACAAACAGGUGACAUGAAAUUGAAAAUUGAGUCAGCCAAAGCUCGAAAUGUUGUUCGUCGUGAAUUAAGGUUAUUUCAGCAGAAUCAACUUGCAAAACAACUCUCUGAUUGA